CUCCAGAAGAAGAUAAGGAAGAAGCUAGCAAGGAAACAAAUUGUAAUGUUACUCACGAAGUUGAAAGGCGUAAACGUUUGCUGAGUCUAUCGCUCAGACAGCUCAGUGGGACAUCCAAAGUUUCUACUGAACUAUUUAUUGUAUAUAAACUGUGCGUCUUUAGAAGGAAUGAGCGUCACGUAUUGAGGAAAGCGAGCAGAAAAAGCUAUUUAGAGCGCUAACCGCUGUCAUCCUCAUCAAGGAGAGUUCUUUGCUUUGUUUCUCAGCUUCGUGUAAUCAUGAAACGACGCUAGUUUAUUGUUUACUGUUGGCGUUUAAUAUCUGUGCAGUGGUUUAGUAACCAUGACAGGAAUGUAAUUGUUGAUAUAAACCUGAGCAGUUAAUAAUUCCUGGGACGGAAUACUAAACUAACAUUAGCCGACUCAGAGCAACUUUAGCAGCACAAUUGUGAUUUUUUUUUUUUAACAUCGGCCCUAAAAAGGACUGGAGUCACGGAAAUAUGGGCAACUGCCUGAAGUCCCCAACAUCCGACGACAUCUCUCUACUCCAUGAGUCCCAGUCCGACAGGGCGAGUUUCGGUGACGGGACAGAUCCCGACUUGGAGCCCCCUCCUCCGUACCAGGAGCAGGCUCACAUGCCCAUGUACCACCCGACACCCAGUCAGGCCCGCCUGGCCACCCAGCUGACGGAGGAGGAGCAGAUCCGCAUAGCUCAGCGCAUCGGCCUCAUCCAGCACCUCCCUAAAGGCGUUUAUGAUGGAGGUCCAGACGGUUCAGAGAAGAAGAUAAGGGAAUGCGUGAUCUGUAUGCUGGACUUUGUUUACGGAGACCCCAUUCGGUUCUUGCCAUGUAUGCACAUCUAUCACAUGGACUGUAUAGACGACUGGCUGAUGAGAUCCUUCACCUGCCCCUCCUGCAUGGAGCCCGUUGAUGCUGCCCUGCUCUCCACUUACGGACCAACCGAUUUCUCCCCUGAUGCUUAGAUCAAACUCAGCCCCUGCGGCAAACCCCAAACCUAACAGCUGCCCUCUUGUUGAGUGAGGGGAGUUCAGAGAUAUGUCGGUUACCUUGCACUUUGGAAAUUUCAAAUAUUGUUCACCCAAUGUUGGCCUUUCAUUCCACCAAGGUCUGAUGCUAAUUUAAGCUGGUCUUAAAACAUCAGUUACUAGUCAGCCAGAAGCAGUUCCCCUGCAUGAUUUUGCUUCUGUGUGUUUGUUUCGCCCAGGUUUUGGCAUGUGUUGCAGCAGGUUGAAGAACAUGUUGAAUUUGUGUGUGUGUGUGUAAGCUCUGUGGUAACACUUUCUCUUGAGCUGGUCUCGCUUUAUCGGAACGUUAUCACUUGAUCAAGAAAAUGGAUACAAAUGGACAUGUAGUUUACCAAAUUAUUGUCUCUUGUAUAAAAUCAGAAUAUCUUACUGCAACACUAAUCUCCUUAACAUACUCUUAACUUAAAACGACCCUAUAUUUCUGUGAUAUGCAACUAUUAAGACUUACACUUGUCGUGUUGAAGAGUCCAGAUUACAAAGAAAUAUACAUAAUUACCACAUAAAUCAUUCAGUAUAAUAGGCCGUAUACUUGUUAAAUUAAUGUUGCACCAGAUUAGGUGUAGGUUUUCUGUUGAGCGCUGAUUUGUGCAUGGAGGGGUGGGAGGAGCCAGUCAAAUAUUAGAAAUGCUUGCACACAACUUUCAUCCAAUCAGAGAUUUGCACUUUACUUAUAGGACAUUAUCUAAAACAAUAUAUAUAUUAAUAUAUUUACCUUAUAACCUUGCACUAUCAAAUCCUCUUUCUUUUAUCUCCUGAGAUGCAGGAGUUAUAUAGCGGAUAAAUAUAUUUCCCUACCGUCAGUAGUGAGUAAGCCUGAAGAUGCAUUUCAUAAAAUCUAUGAUUCUGCAGCGUGUUCGUUUGUUUUGUUUUUGCUCUUUUUAUUUUCUUCUGUGAGAAGGGACAGAGGCUUGCUUGAGGUAAAGGGAGUAGUUUGACACUUUCAGAUCAGGUCAUCAUGAUAGGGUCAUGCAUGUGCUGCAGAUUAGUGUAUACAUUUGUGGUAAACGAAUGAACGUGGAUGUAUGAACUCUCUUCAAAGUGUAGAGUAACACAGCAACAUCCAGCUAUCAACAAGAUGCUUAAAGCGAUUUGUUUUAUCUUUCCUGUUUUUGCUUUGGUUCAUGUUCUUCACCUUGAUUUUAACAUUUUGAAGGAGUCUGUUUUGUACCGUCAGUUUUUUUUUUUGUUUUUUUUUUGUAGAAACCCUAGUCAGUUUAGUAGAGAUGCACUGAUCAGACCUUUCCGGUUGAUAUCAAUUUGUGUUGAUGCGUCUUAUAGAGGUAUUAGCUUUGAAUCCGACAGAAUAUUAUGGAAUUACAAUAUAAUUUAUGUAUGACCCCUAAUUUAUGCAAUAAAGCAUAUGUUCCCCACCAUUAUCUGAUUUUUAUUAAACAUGGGCAAAUAUUUAAGUACAUGCUGUUGGUUGAUGCUUUCAUUGACCAGGAAAUGGUGGGAAAAUAAUGCCAAUCGCCAAUCAAAACUGAUCAAGAGAAAAUUGGCUGAUUGAUGGGUGCAUCUCUACAACUCGGCAAUUGUUUAAUAUAAGAGGCUAGAUUUAAUUAUUCACAAAUGUUAAGUUUUAUUCUAAAUCACCGUAGCAGUAGUUACCACCAUUUUCUAUAAUUUGUAGCGAUAUGUGAUUGUUUUUGUCUUUUUCAGUUUUCACAUUUGUGUUAAAUCCACUGCACAUUUAGUACAUUUACUAGCCAGCCUGCACAGUUUUCGUACAGUGCAAACCUCUGUCCUGGCGUUUAUGGUGUAGGACGUAAAACUGAGAUGUAAUGAUUUCCUCUAGCUUUUCUUUCGGUGUUUUUCAGGUUUGAGUUUAUCCUGAACAUUUGAAUUUCCUGUAACCAUUUUUUUUCUGUCCCUUUGGAAGGCUAAGUCCUUGUGUAAACAAUAAAUUGGAGAGAAAGUA